AUGAAUCGACGGAAGCAACGUACACGAUCAAAUAUCAAAACACGAACUUAUCCAGUUUAUACUAUUUCAGCAUCGGAUCUAAGCAGUGAUGAAAGUAUCAUCGAAAUAAAACCCAUUAAACGAUAUCAACAUCAUCGAAGAGAACCGUUCAGAUUCAACGUACAAGAAUCAUUUGUGGCACCUGUUGUUACUGGAAAUCGCAAACAUGUCAUAACACAAACCGUACCAAGACGACGACAAAAAUCAGCAACAAUACAAACCGAUGAGAUGUCUAAUAUUUUAUCAACGACAAACAAGAAUGAAAAAUCAUCGAAGAAUAAAUCAUCUGUAUGCAAUCGUCGAUGCCUUCGAAUACUUGCCUUAAUUCUUGCCAUAUUUAUCUUACAUAUAUCUUUAUUACUACUUGCUUUUUCACUCAAUCUUUUACUUAAUCCAAAUAUGACUAAAAUACGUUCAGUAGCGAUUGUUUAUUCGCAAGCUCUUCCAUCAUCCAGCUUUACUGGUAAAGGACCCACUGAUACUCUUUUGGUUACUGCAAUUAUUGGUAUUAUACUUGGCUGUAUCAUAUUGAUUAUUUCACUACUUACUGUAAUAUGUCUUAUAUGUAUUAAAUUUCGAUAUUAUGUACUAUUCUAUUUUAUUGGACCUGUUUUACUUCUAAUUCUCUUACUGAUAUUAAUCGGUUUCGGAAUUUUUAUUUCGAUUACCGGUGAUACAGAAUUACAAAGACUUGCAUCAAGCACACAAACAACAGUCUACUAUUAUUAUAAUUCAACGAGUACAUCCCUAGUUCGUGAUGGAUGGGAUUUUGUUCAAUAUUAUUUUAGUUGUUGUGGUGUAAAAGAUAAUAAUACUGAUUGGUAUCAUGCACCUAGUACAGGUUGGAAAUAUAAUAGUCAACUACCUCGGUCUUGUUGUGGUUAUGAUUCCAAUGAUAUCGGACAUGUUGGUCGUAUUUUCGUUGGUCGCAAUAUACCAGCAUUAACUGGCAUAUGUUAUUAUGGCGAUAUCGGUCAACCUACGUGUUAUAAUAGUAUUAAAACGAAUCUUCUUAUAACUGUUUUAGUUUUUACUUUUGGUCUUGCAUUUCUUGUAUUUAUUCUAGCAAUCUUAUUUCUACGUCUCCUGUUUAUUUAUCGUAAAAUGCACCAUCGUGUAGAAAAUUCUACUGGACAAUAA